AUCAGUGACUACCACACAAAAAAUACCCCUCCUCCCUAUUUAUUUCUUUUCUUUUUCUUUUUUAAUUUUAUUAUUUAUUUAUAAUAUAUAUAUACACACAACACACACAUAAAAACCCGUCUUUGUUAGUCCUUGCCCUUUUCAACUUCUCUCUCUCUCUCUCUCUCUCUCACAUUUCUUCGCCACCCUCCUCUCUCUCUCUCUCUCUCUCUCUCUCUCUAGCCUCUCUUCCUCUCUAUCUCUCUCUCAGAGCUUGGAACGACAAAGGCUUUUUGGAUACGAUGGCGAAAGACGAGUGGAUGAGAGCGGCUAUGACCGACGACAUGCUCGUCGUGGAGCUGCUUGUGCGUCUCAAGCAGUCGCAGGCCGCUUCGCCACUCAAAUCUUCGCUUUCUUCUUCGCCGCCGCCGUCAUCGGUGAUGUUUCCGCUCAGGUGGAGUGUCAGGAUGCCGCGUUCGAAGGCAGCGAGGUGCGACGCUCAGAGGAAACGCGGCGAUUCCACCAGAUGUAGUCCUACGACGCCGCUCUCGUGGAGCGGCGGUGCCUCUCCUUCCGGUACCGGUGAUGGAUUCGAAGAGUCUAGCCGUCCCGUCGUCAGUCGUUCUUCGUCGAAUCCCAGAUCCAAGGGUACUUCAGCAAAUGAAUUAGCUACCAAUACCACCGCUAGCACCACCAAAGGUUCAAGAAGAAAAAAGACAUUUGCUGAGCUAAAAGAGGAAGAAGGUUCGCUUCUCAAGGAAAGGGUGUAUCUUAGAAAGGAAUUGGCAACACUAAGGGCAACCUUUAAGGAACAGCGAGCAAAAAAUGAAAGUUUGAAGAGGAUGAAGCUGGACUUUGAGAUGCAUUCUUCUAAACAUUUGAAAGCAAGUGUUGAUGGACUCGAGAAAGCAAUUGCUGGUCAACUGCACCAGAGAAUAGGCUCUCCUCUUGGCAAUGUUCCUUCUCACUUAAAUACGCGUGCCACCGUACAAGACGAUAAUUCACAAUCAGAUUUUUGUGAUGCAUCAAAGGCCGACUUUACCGGGAAUAGUUUCUUGCUACCGGAUCUAAAUAUGGCACCAUCCGAGGAUGAUUUCGGUGCUGAAACCUUCUGUGGGAUGAGCUGAGGAAAAUGGUGUGUUUGAUUGUUUUUCUGUUCUGCCAAUGAGAGAAUAUAUAUAUGAUCUCUAAGCUUGAUGAAGUUUAUUUGCCAGAAACAUCACGAAAAGGAGGACCCAAGUGUUCGAAAUAUCAAGUAUAUCCUAAAAUGAAGUGAAGGAUAUUAUAUAAAAUUCAACUGGCUAUUUGCUUCCAAUUCUUGGAAUUUGGAGGUUGGAUUGGAAGGGCAAUUGAAGUUGAAGGGUGAUGGAAGAUAGUUCUGCAGGUUAGUGGUAGUGAAAAAGCAGCAGCUAACAAAAGUAGUAUGUAAGCCUCUAUUUAUGUCCACAGAGGGUUCCUACUUCCUACUUUUUUUUCCUCGGAUUCUUUGGAGUAAAGACUCGUUACUUUCAUUUUGGGUUUUUGUGUAGAAGAAGAAAAACCUAAAUUGUAUUAUUCUUUGUAGGUAUUAAAAAAAAAAAAAAAAAAAAAAA